AUGUGCCCUUUUUCCAGCCCGCAAAGGAGCCGCAGUGCUACCGACCCUUUCUCCGACCUUCUCGAUGCUACUCCCGAAUCCCGAAAGCAGACUCAGCUGUCUGCACUUCGCGCUACACAUUCCAAACGGGAAGCGGCAGCCGCCCGACUCGAAGAGUUUUCCUCUUUCAACAGUGGUGCUGCUGUUAUUGGUGACAAAUUCGAGAGCCGCGUAUGGUCAGUCGAACCCCCCGUCCGCAUCGGAGAGGCUCCGAAAGGAACAUGA